AUGUCAACCAACCAAGAGCCGAGCACCCAUCAGGGGGAAAAAGGAAACACGCCGGAGGGGGGAAAAAAUCAUGAGGAAAAAUUUAACGACCCCUCAGCCAGUGCUGGUAAGUGGUACACAGCUGACUCUUGCAGCAACAAAAAAGACACCUGUGCUUUAAAAAAAACUGAAACAAAAGUCCGAAUAUUCUUAUUCACAGAGGGUGAAAAAAGCGCUUUUGUUCAGGAGGUUUGAGUACUUAGCUGUGUUUAACCGUGAAUCAUGUUCUUUUUCUACAGUCCCUGAAACUCUGCAAACAGGAUCAGACUCACACAGUCAUGAUGGAGCUCCUAAAAUCCCCACGCUUGCUCCGGUAAAAAAUUGUGUUUGGACCACCAUAUUUCAGUGAAAAAAAAUUGAACAAAACAAUAACCUGAUCUAGAUCCACGUUAAUCUAUUAAGUUAAACUGACAGCUAUUGUUUAUUUUUCAUGCAUGAAUUUAUUUGCAUAAUGAGAUCAACAUAGAAUAAGAAACUUGAUAAUAAAUAUAAUUGCCUUUUAUACAAAAAAAGAAAAUAAAAAACUGUCAGAGUUUUUCUGGGUGAUACUAAAUUCAAAACCACUUGAUGUUAAAGCACCUCAUUGUUGACAGGUUUUCGUUUUCGGAAACCCCGGGAACACCAUACGACAGGUAUUUUCUGUAGAGAAAAAGCAUUUGUGCCAUUUUCAAUUAUUGUAACCAGUUUAUCAAAAAUGAAACAGCCUUUAUUAAAACUAUUGAAACUGCUUUAUUAAAAUAAUUUGUUUGUACUUCUCUUCUAGAAGUCGCCAGCAUCUGAGAACUUGAGCAACAAAACUGAUUCCACCACAGAGGACGACGGAGAGGGAACAAACCAAACAUGUAAAGUCAACGGCACUUGAUCAGUCAUUACAGAUUUGAGGGAAAAUAAAUCGUAAACUUUGGCAAAGGAGCUUAGUCUAACUGUAAUCUUUAUCCUUGCAGCAAUUGAAACUCCACCACAAGAAUCUGGCAGCUCCACCAACACUUCUGGAGAUCUGAAUUCCUUCGCUGGUGCACAACAGGUAUUUCAAUAAAAAAAUAAAACAACUACUUUUCCACCUCAAAUCGUGAGCAAAAAAAGGAAUUGACUAUUUUUUUAUAAAAUGAAAACCUCUAGGACUUUCAAAUUUUUUUAUCAGCUUGUGCAAAAUUCAACAACACCACAGCCUGUUGACAACCAAAUGCCAAUUGCCACCAAAGAGAUGGAAGAGGACGUGCCAGACCAAACAGGUAUGCUCCACAGUAUCAGUCACAACAAAGAACUGAUGGGACAGAGUGUUGGUAACAUUGUACACAGGACUCUAAAGUAACCGGGAGGUCCUUCUCAUCUGCAGGGUCUAAGUCACCAACGCAAGGUUUUUAAACUUUGGCAAUGGGGCUUAGUCUAACUGUUACCUUUAUCCUUGCAGUAAUUGAAAGUCCACCUCAACAAUCUGGCAGCUCCACCAACACUUCUGGAGAUCUUAAUUCCUCCGCUGGUGCACAACAGGUAUUUGAAUAAAAACAACUACUUUUCCACCUCAAAUUAUGAGCAAGGUCAGCAAGAAAGCAAAAGACAGAGAAAAUUAAUUUUUUUAUGAAAUGAAAACCUAUAGGACUUUCACAUUUUUUUAUCAGCUUGUGCAAAAUUCGCCAACACCACAGCCUGUUGACAACCAAAUGCCAAUUGCCACCAAAGAGAUUGAAGAGGACGUGCCAGACCAAACAGGUAUGCUCCACAGUAUCAGUCACAACAGAGAACUGAUGGGACAGUGUUGGCAGUGUGAUACACAGGACUCUAAAGUAACUGUGAUGUCCUUCUCAUCUGCAGGGUCUAAGUCACCACCUCCAGGUUCUAGUAGCUCCACCAACACUUGUGAAGAACGUAAUUCCUCCCCUGAUGAAAAACAGGUACCAAAGAAUUCUAAUGACUUUCUUGCAGCCAGUCACCAUUAGCCAAUUAAGUUGUUUUAGCUUCAUUUACAGGAAACUGUAUUUAGCAUGAAUACUGUUUUACUGAGUGUUUUAUUAAAAUAAUCUGUUUGUACUUCUCUUCUAGAAGUCAACAGCACCAGAGAUCCCGAGGAACCAACCUGAAGCAACCACAGAGGUUGACGGAGAGGGAACAAAGCAAACAUGUAAAGUCAACAGCACUAGAUCAGUGCCAACCAGGAAGACAAAGCUUGUCUUCCUGGUUGGACCCUAAGGAGACUAGCUUUGUCUUGACAAAAGCUAGUGGGGAUCCUGAUGAACAAAAAACAAUAACAGCUUACAGGGCAAAGAAUUCAUAAACUUUGGCUAAGGGGAUUAGUCUAACUGUGAUCUUUAUCCUUGCAGCAACUGAAACUCCACCUAAAGAAUCUGGCAGCUCCACCAACACUUCUGGAGAUCUAAAUUCCUCCGCUGGUGCACAAAAGGUAUUUCAAUAAAAAAAAAAAAAAAACUACUUUUCCACCUCAAGUUAUGAGCAAGGUCAGUGAGAAAGCAAAUGUCAAAGAAACAAUAGCAGAUGUCAUGAACAGAGGUGAUUUAAAUGAUAUAAUGUUUGCAAGAAUUGACCAGUUUUUUUAUGAAAUGAAAACCACCACACCUGUCACUUCUUUUCAUCAGCCUGUGAAAAAUUCGCCAACACCACAGACUGUUGACAACCAAAGAAGUGCUGCCACCACAGAGAUCGAAGAGGACGUGACAGACCAAACAGGUAUGCUCCACAGUGUCAGUCACAACAAAGAACUGAUGGCACAGAGUGUUGGUAUUUAUAUACAGGACUCGAUAUUUACUGUGAUGUCCUUCUUAUCUGCAGGGUCUGAGACACCAACCCAAGGUUCUCCUAUCUCCACCAACACUUGUGAAGAAUGUAAUUUCUCCACUGAUGAAAAACAAAACCAACCGAAGCCACCACAGAAAUCGACGGAGAGGGAACAAAGCAAACAUGUAAAGUCAACAGCACUAGAUCAGUGCCAACCAGGAAGACAAAGCUUGUCUUCUUGGUUGGACCCUAGGAAGACUAUCUUUGUCUUGACAAAAGCUAGUGGGGAUCCUGAUGAACAAAAAACAGUAACAGCUCAGAGGGCAAAGAAUUCAUAAACUUUGGCUAAGGGACUUAGUCUUACUGUGAUCUUUAUCCUUGCAGCAACUAAAACUCCACCUAAAGAAUCUGGCAGCUCCACCAACACUUCUGGAGAUCUGAGUUCCUCCGCUGGUUCACAACAGGUAUUUGAAUAAAAACAACUACUGUUCCACCUCAAAUUAUGAGCAAGGUCAGCAAGAAAGCAAAAGACAGAGAAAAAGAAUUGACCAUUUUUUUAUAAAAUAAAAACCUCUUGGACUUUCAAAUUUUUUCAUCAGCCUUUGCAAAAUUCAACAACACCACAGACUGUUGACAACCAAAUGCCAAUUGCCACCAAAGAGAUGGAAGAGGACGUGCCAGACCAAACAGGUAUGCUCCACAGUAUCAGUCACAACAAAGAACUGAUGGGACAGAGUGUUGGUAAUAUUAUACACAGGACUCUAAAGUAACCGGGAGGUCCUUCUCAUCUGCAGGGUCUAAGUCACCAACGCAAGGUUUUUAAACUUUGGCAAUGGGGCUUAGUCUAACUGUUACCUUUAUCCUUGCAGUAAUUGAAAGUCCACCUCAACAAUCUGGCAGCUCCACCAACACUUCUGGAGAUCUUAAUUCCUCCGCUGGUGCACAACAGGUAUUUGAAUAAAAACAACUACUUUUCCACCUCAAAUUAUGAGCAAGGUCAGCAAGAAAGCAAAAGACAGAGAAAAUUAUUUUUUUUAUGAAAUGAAAACCUAUAGGACUUUCACAUUUUUUUAUCAGCUUGUGCAAAAUUCGCCAACACCACAGACUGUUGACAACCAAAUGCCAAUUGCCACCAAAGAGAUUGAAGAGGACGUGCCAGACCAAACAGGUAUGCUCCACAGUAUCAGUCACAACAGAGAACUGAUGGGACAGUGUUGGCAGUGUGAUACACAGGACUCUAAAGUAACUGUGAUGUCCUUCUCAUCUGCAGGGUCUAAGUCACCACCUCCAGGUUCUAGUAGCUCCACCAACACUUGUGAAGAACGCAAUUCCUCCCCUGAUGAAAAACAGGUACUAAAGAAUUCUAAUGACUUUCUUGCAGCCAGUCACCAUUAGCCAAUUAAGUUGUUUUAGCUUCAUUUACAGGAAACUGUAUUUAGCAUGAAUACUGUUUUACUGAGUGUUUUAUUAAAAUAAUCUGUUUGUACUUCUCUUCUAGAAGUCAACAGCACCAGAGAUCCCGAGGAACCGAACUGAUGCAACCACAGAGGUUGACGGAGAGGAAACAAAGCAAACAUGUAAAGUCAACAGCACUAGAUCAGUGCCAACCAGGAAGACAAAGCUUGUCUUCUUGGUUGGACCCUAGGAAGACAAGAUUUGUCUUGACAAAAGCUAGUGGGGAUCCUGAUGGACAAAAAACAAUAACAGCUUACAGGGCAAAGAAUUCAUAAACUUUGGCUAAGGGACUUAGUCUAACUGUGAUCUUUAUCCUUGCAGCAACUGAAACUCCACCACAAGAAUCUGGCAGCUCCACCAACACUUCUGGAGUGGAUCUGAAUUCCUCCGCUGGUGCACAACAGGUAUUUCAAUUAAAAAAAAAAACAACUACUGUUCCACCUCAAGUUAUGAGCAAGGUCAGUAAGAAAGCAAAAGACAAAAAACAAUAGCAGAUGUUAUGAACAGAGGUGAUUUAAAUGAUAUAAUGUUUGCAAGAAUUGACCAGUUUUUUUAUGAAAUGAAAACCACCACACCUGUCACUUCUUUUCAUCAGCCUGUGCAAAAUUCACCAACACCACAGACUGUCGACAACCAAAGAAGUGCUGCCACCACAGAGAUCGAAGAGGACGUGACAGACCAAACAGGUAUGCUCCACAGUAUCAGUCACAACAAAGAACUGAUGGGACAAAGUGUUGGUAACAUUGUACACAGGACUCUAAAGUAACUGUGAUGUCCUUCUCAUCUGCAGGGUCUAAGUCACAAACGCAAGGUUCUAGUAGCUCCACCAACACUAGUGAACAACGUAAUUCCUCCCCUGAUGAAAAACAGGUACUGAAGAAUUCUCAUGACCUUCUUGCAGCCAGUCACCGUUGGCCAAUAAAGUUGUUUGAGCUUAAUUUACAGGAAACUCUAUAAAAACAGUUUUGCUGAGUGUCCAACAGAAAAGUCCAACUGACCAACUAAACCAGUCAUUGUUUCCUAAAGGACAUGAACACUGUCCAGAUUACUCAUUAUUAUCCGUAGCUAUUCAUUAAUUUUUUAGUGUUUAUCCACCAAUAGGAUUUCAACGCCAUUAUAAUUUGUUUUACAUAUUUGCAUAAUUGAGCCAGUGUUUCAUUAAAAUAAUCUGUUUGUACUUCUCUUCUAGAAGUCAACAACACCGGAGACCCCGAGGAACCAAACUGAUGCAACCACAGAAAUCGACGGAAAGGGAACAAAGCAAACAUGUAAAGUCAACAGCACUAGAUCAGUGCCAACCAGGAAGACAAAGCUUGUCUUCUUGGUUGGACCCUAGGAAGACUAGCUUUGUCUUGACUAAAGCUAGUGGGGGUCCUGAAGAACAAAAAACAGUAACAGCUCAGAGGGCAAAGAAUUCAUAAACUUUGGCUAAGGGACUUAGUCUAACUGUGAUCUUUAUCCUUGCAGCAACUAAAACUCCACCUAAAGAAUCUGGUAGCUCCACCAACACUUCUGGAGAUCUGAGUUUCUCCGCUGGUGCACAACAGGUAUUUCAAUAAAAACAACUACUGUUCCACCUCAAAUUAUGAGCAAGGUCAGCAAGAAAGCAAAAGACAAAAAAUGACAGCAGAUGUUGUGAACGGAGGUGAUUUAAAUGAUAUAAUGUUUGCAAGAAUUGACCAGUUUUUUUAUGAAAUGAAAACCACCACACCUGUCACUUCUUUUCAUCAGCCUGUGCAAAAUUCGCCAACCCCACAGACUGUUGACAACCAAACAAGUGCUGCCACCACAAAGGUGGAAGAGGACAAGAGAGACCAUACAGGUAUGCUCCACAGCAGGGGUGGCCAACCAUGUGCCAUGACAAAGCUUGUCUUCCUGGUCGGACCCUAGGAAGACAAGCUUUGUCUUGACUAAAGCUAGUGGGGGUCCUGAAGAACAAAAAACAAAAACAGCUCAGAGGGCAAAGAAUUCAUAAACUUUGGCUAAGGGACUUAGUCUAACUGUGAUCUUUAUCCUUGCAGCAACUAAAACUCCACCUAAAGAAUCUGGUAGCUCCACCAACACUUCUGGAGAUCUGAGUUCCUCCGCUGGUUCACAACAGGUAUUUCAAUUAAAAAUAAAACAACAACUACUGUUCCACCUCAAGUUAUGAGCAUGGUCAGUAAGAAAGCAAAAGACAAAAAACAAUAGCAGAUGUAAUGAACAGAGGUAAUUGAAAUGAUAUCAUGUUUGCAAGAAUUGAACAGUUUUUUUAUGAAAUGAAAACCACCACACCUUUCACUUCUUUUCAUCAGCCUGUGCAAAAUUCGCCAACCCCACAGCCUGUUGACAACCAAAGAAGUGCUGCCACCACAGAGAUGGAAGAGGACGUGCCAGACCAAACAGGUAUGCUCCACAGUAUCAGUCACAACAAAGAACUGAUGGGACAGAGUGUUGGUAGUGUUAUACACAGGACUCUAAAGUAACUGUGAUGUCCUUCUUAUCUGCAGGGUCUGAGUCACCAUGGCAAGAUUCUCGUAUCUUCACCAAAGCUCAGCAAAGGCUUUUUCCCUCCCCUGAUGAAAAACAGGUACUGAAGAAUUCUCAUGACCUUCUUGCAGCCAGUCACCGUUAGCCAAUUAAGUUGUUAUAGCUUAAUUUACAGGAAACUCUAUGAAAACAGUUUUACUGAGUGUCCAACAGAAAAGUCCAGCUAACUAACUAAACCAGUCAUUGUUUCCCAAAGAACGUGAACACUGUCCAGGUUACUCAUUUGUGCUCCGUAUUUACUCAAUUUCACUUCUUUCAUUAGCCUGCGCAAAAUGCACAAACCUCACAGACUGUUGACAACCAAACAAGUGUUGCCACCAAAGAGAUGGAAGAGGACGUGACAGACCAAACAGGUACGCUCCACAGUAUCAGUCACAACAAAGAACUGAUGGGACAGAGUGAUGGUAACAUUAUACACAGGACUCUAAAGUAACUGUGAUGUCCUUCUCAUCUGCAGGGUCUGAGACACCAACGCAAGGUUCUGGUAUCUCCACCAACGCUCAGCGAAGGCUUUUUCCCUCCCCUGAUAAAAAACAGGUACAGGUACAGGUACUGUAAUGUUUGGGAAAAGUUGCCAGCCACUACCCCCAUUUUUGACCAAAUUUUAUAAAUUUCUAGACAAAAUAAAAGUUUCAAGCUUGCUAUGACUUUGCCUUCCAUGUUAGCCAAGGGUUCAUCUAAUAUUUUUUUAAAUUUUUUUUUUAUUUGCAUUGUUGCAUCAAAUUAAAGAGCAACCAACGCUGGGUAUGCAGGACUUCUAGCUGAAGCUAGUUUGUUGUCCAUGUCUGGUCCUUGUUUCCUAUAUCUGGAAAUUGUUACCCGUACUCUGCAGGAUUGCAUUUGAGUCAGAUUUCCGCUAAAACUUUAAAGAAAUAGAUAUUUUUUAUCCACAGUGCAGCUCAUGGCAUAGAUUAAUUUAACCAUCAAGUUAAUGCUAUGAUAGCAAGAGGGUUGUGUGCCUUCUGAUGUGUUUCUGUGAUAAAGACUGUUUGAAAAGUUCAGUCUAUCCUGGGUACUUCAGUGGUAACAAGCUUGUGCAAAAUCUAAAACAAACCAAGUGUAGGCUAUAGCAACCUGUUGGCAGGAUACACAAUGGAGAAAAAUUGUGUUUUAGCGAGCAAAUCCUAACAUGACACAUCAACAACGAGAAUAAUGAGAUAGAAGCUAGUACUAGGGACGUGGUAUGUCACCUCUCUGGUGGGGAAGGAGCCUGAGCUGGUCUGCAAGGUGGAGUGGUUCUGGCUAGAUAUAGUUAGACCAACCCCAACCCAUAGUGUUGGCUCCAGAACCAGUCCCCUUGAGAGCUGGAUAGGGGUGGUAAUACUUCUCUUUCCCUGGCUUGGUGCCUGCAUGUUGGGGUUCACCCCAGUGGACAAGAGGGAAGCCUCCCUUGCCUUCAGGUGGGGGGACAUAUCCUUGCUAUUGUUUGUGCCUAUACUCAAAACAGCAGCUCAGAGUAUCCGCCGCUUUUAGAGUCUUUAGAAGGGGUACUGGUGAGUGGGAUUCCCCUGCUCUGCUGGGGGUCUUCAACACCUAUGUUGGCAACAGCAGUGGGACCUGGAGAGGCAUGACUUGGUAAUGACAAGAGUAAUUUAAUGUCCUGAAAUAAAAAUGCACUCAGAAUUUAGACAAAUCCAAAAGUAAAAGCCAAAAAACAUCUGGCAAAGAUUCUUUUAAGAGUCACCCCAUGAGACCAGAUCAACGAAGAAGCCCCUCAUCUGCACCAUCUGCAUGGAUCUGUUUGAGCAUCCUGUCACAACAGCUCGUGGCCACUCUUUCUGUUAGUACUGUCUGAUCUGCAACUUUAAUGACAAUGACAGGGUGUGUCUCUCUGCAGCAGCAUCAGAGAAAAAACCCAGAGGUGGACAUCAUCCUGAAAGACCAUAAGGAAGACAUGAAAGAGGAGACAGCAAAGACACGUGAUGAGUACACCGGGGCACCUGGUGAAGUGGCUUGUGACAUCUGCACGGAGAACAAGCUGAAAGCCUUGAAGUCUUGCCUCAUGUGUCUCAUCUCGUAUUGUUCCACCCACUUGAAGAAUCACUCUUCAACUAAAAGAUUUAAGGGCCACAAGUUGGUGCAACCUGUGGAGAACUUGGAUGACAGGGCCUGUCUCCAGCAUGGACGCCCCUUGGAGCUGUUCAGCAGGAAGUCGGGAAGGUGCAUUUGUGCUCUCUGUAUGGAAGAAGAUAAAGAGGGGGUGGUUACUACUGAGGAAGAAUGGAAAGGGAAAAGGGUGAGCUCCCACACGGAUGGCCUUAUCAUUUUAUGGUUGAUGCUUUGGUGAGUUUGUGGUGAUAAGGAUUCUGAUUUUGUCUCUUGGUUACCUCAAGGCGAGGCUUGAUGACACAAUGAUGGAGUUACGGAAGAAAAUUGAAAAGAGAACGACUCGGACAGAUGAGAUAAACGUAUCACUGAUGGACUGCGAGGUAAGUUGUAAGAGUUUAAAUCUCUGUGGUCCUUGAUUAGCCCGAACUGAAAGGGGAUCAGACCAGUUAGUGUCAACAAACAGUGUGGUAGAAAAGGGAGCAAGUCAAAUGAUGGAACUUCCUUGUGGACUAAAAUCCAAACCAGGGCUCAUUGGAUCGUCUUAAAUUUGAUCCCUCUCAGGAGUUGAAGUUCCCAAACAAAGAAUCCCUGUCUCUGCUUUUUAAGUGACAAACAUUGUUGUAAACUGUUAAAGAACACAAACAGACAAUCUGUCUUUGCCUCUAUUUUAAGGACCAGCUGAACAACGAGAUGGAAGACAUUGAUGCCGUGUUCGGAGCUGUUCUUGCCAUUGUGGAGGAAGCCCGUGCGGCAGCUCUUCAGCCAAUCCAGGACAGAAGGAAGGCUAUGGAAGAGGAGGCUAAACACAUUGAAGAGAAGUUGAGAGGAGAGAUCCAACAGCUUGAGAAAACCUUCUAUAAGCUUAAGGAAAUAUCUGAACUUGAGGAUCACAUCCUAUUCUUACAGGUGAGAGGUCAUUUCUGAGGAACAGACCGUGGUUUUUGGCCGCUAAGUCUUUACAAAUUGAGUUGAACGUCUGAUUUUAAGCAAUUUGCACAGAUGAUAUUGUGUCAAACUUGCCCUAGGACUUUGACCAAACUUUGACAUCCGGUCAUGAAACAGGGAGUUAUUGUAACUCCCUCAUAAAGUGUUACAUCUAAUUGGUAUUUCAUACACACAAUCAAGGUCCACCUCUGAACAUAUCGACGCACCCAUCUCUCAACUACAGCUGUAGUGCCAUCCUUUGGGAAUUUGACCAGUACCAGAGGCUGAUACCAAUAUUAAUGGACUGGAACCGUGUCAUGAAACUGUUGGUGGAUGGCUGUAGCAACUGUACAUUCCUCUGCGACUCUAUUUGAAGCCUGUGUCUGCAAACAGUUCACUUAAAGGGUGUUUUUAGGGUUAGAUGGACACUUUACACUCCAUUCAAAAGAACAAGCGGGAUGUUAGAGUGGAACCAAAUAACUAGGACUGCCGAAAAUGCAAUAGGAAUUACAUAUCUGCUCUUCUUGUCUCAGGGUUACCCAUUUCUCCAAGACCUGGACAGCAUCGAAGAUUGCCCAGAGGUAGAGCUGAACACAUCACUGUCAUUUGGCACCAUGAAAGAAAUCACAACCACCAUGAUGGAAUCAAUUCAAAAGGAAGUAGAGAAGCUGACCCCCAUCGGUAAGAGUUAAACCAAAGCGGUAAAAGUAAAAGAUUAUUGUUGACUGCAUUAAUCUGAAGUUGUUUCUUUACUUCAUAGAACUUCAAAGAAUCACCAAGUUUAAAGGUGUGUGUUACAGUCUGUUUCUCUCUCAUGAUAUGCUUCCAAAUAUUGACUGUAGAGUCUUGAUGUAACAGUUGUUUGCAACUUGUUCUCAGCAGUGGAUGUAAAGCUUGACCCAGCUACUGCACACCCACGCCUUGCUCUUUCUGAAGAUGGCAAAGAGGUCAGAGAUAGUGGAGAGAACCAGAAAGUCGCUGAUUCUCCAAAGCGGUUUGAUGUGUUUGGCAGCAUCCUUGGGCUCGACAAGUUGCCAUCUUGGGAAGUCCUACUGGGAGGUUGAGGUCAGGAACAAAACUGGGUGGGAUCUGGGGGUGGUAAGAGGUGGUGCAAACCGUAAAGGUAAUCUCUCAAUGACCCCAGAUAAUGGGUACUGGGUUGCUGUGCAUUAUGAAGAAGAAAAGUAUGCAGCCAUGACAGCUCCACCAGUUCCUCUUUACCCGAAGAAGAAACCUCAGAAGGUGGGAGUGUUUGUGGACUACGAGGAAGGUGUUGUGUCAUUUUACGAUGUGAGAGCAAACUCCCACAUCUACUCUUUUACUAAGUGUUCAUUCAAUGAUAAGAUCUUUCCGUACUUCAGCCCACAUGUCAAAAAAGGUCAGAAAAACGCAGAUCCCUUGGUUAUCCUUUGAGAAAUUUUGAAGGGGACGUGGACUUGUCAUGAAGAUUACAUGAGUUUGUUGGUGAGGGAACUCAGAUGUACAAAAGUUGGGUUUGGUCAAAUGGGAAUGGUACAUUUUCUGCAAUUUUUUUCUGUCAGAAUUGGGGGUUUGAAAGUACCAAUGGUGGAACCCUUUUGGAUCCAAUAUCUGCAAAAUACUAUAGUUUCUGAUACUAAUAAGACAGAAGGAAAGGUGGCGGUAAUCCAAUGAAACUGUCAGCAGCUCAACAUACCAGUCCACAAAGUGAAUUAUGAUAAGAAUACAUUGGUGUCCUAUAACAAUGCAAAUACAAGAACAAACAUUUAACAGCUUUUUUUUUUAACUGUAAAAGAAACAGAUUUGAAAAAUUAGAUGGCAAAACUUACCAGAUAACAAAACCGUAAUGAAUUCGACCUAACUGUGAUUGGCGGACGGAGUUUUUGCUAUUUCUAGUGGAAUAGUUAUAAAUUCACUAAAACUUGAGAUCGGUCAUCAACCACAAUAAAAGGGCCCCACUUAAUGCUUAUACAUGUUAUGGUCCACAAGUCAUACCCAAUUGAAAAACAUAAUGGAUGUUGUUACUUGGAGACAUUGAGGUUGUACGAUGUGAACAGUUGUUUACAUGUGGCACCUUCUGUUGGGUGCUAAUCAUGAAAAUGUAUGUCAAAAGUCUCAGUGUGUUUCCAGAAUGAAGCCUUUUAUUUAACGACAUUAGACAAAAAAACUAUUUAUAAACAGUGUGUUAAACUUUGAGUGGGAACAAUGUUCUAUGAAGUCCAAAAUCUUGAUAAUAAAAAUACAAACAUUUCUUGAAUCAUCGUUUUUGUCUUCCUCAUUUUAUAAUCUCUCUUGUAUCCAAUGGUAGGGCAUGCAGACGGCACUUUUUGUGUUUAUUUAUGUAAAUGAUUAGUUUGUUAAUAUCACAAUAGAAUGCAGAAAGUUUAAUCUUAAUAAUAAAAAAAAAUAUUUUAAAUUGCGUCUUUGAAACUCAACUUUUCUGCAUUUCAAAACCAUUUUUAAAAAGGGGGUUUAAACAUUUUUCGGACUCCGAUAAAAAAAAAAAAAAAUUCACCCUUCAUGAGUCUGUUAUCUUCUGAUUAGCCACUUCCCUAGAAGCUUUUUGGAGGUCAUCCAAAGACAGAGUUACAUGUUUUGGUCCCAUCUCCUUUGCUGUGGCAAUCGAGCAAUAAAUAAAGAGGAACCACAGGAAAGUUGAUGUCAGAGCACACAGGAGGACGAGGAGACAGAAGAUCAGGGUGAGCUGUUCAAGAUCUGCUCUGGCUUAUUUUGUCUUUAAUUAAAAGCAUUUGCAGUGUUUAAUAAACUUAACAAGUUCUUUAAAAACUGGAGAAGAAAAAAAUCUUUGAAAUCAAAGUAAUUUAACUGCAAACAUAGUGGAUAAUGUGUCUCAACUUGAUUAUUGUUAUGAUAGUUUAAUUAAAGGUUAUUUUAUUGCAGCUUUCAGAGAGAAACUCUAAGUUCAGUGUCGUCUUAUUCAUUAAGAUCCCAGUAACCUGCAGAUGAUGCAAACUUAAUCAAGAUUUAAAACAUUUAAAUGAGCAUUUUUAAAGCUCCACUAUUUUGCACUUUAAACAAUUUUUAAAGAGAGGUUAUUACACUUUUGUUUAGACUGUAGUUUCUGAUAGCCCUUUAAUAGCUUUACAUGAUUUUCAGAUAAUAAAAAAACGAAGACCCACCCCUCUCAUGAGUCUGCGUUCUUCUGAUAAGCAACUUCUCCAGAGGUUCUCUGGACAUCACCCAACAACAGCCUCCAAGUUGGCAGUUCCAGCUAAUCCAUAAUGGCAACCCAGCAAGGCCCAAGCACCCACCAGGGGGAGGAAGGACACAAGCCGAAGGGAAUGACAAAUCCUGAUGAUACGCAACCCAAUUCCACCACUUUUGACAUUGAAAGUGCUAUGGGAAAUCUGAGUGUAAAUGACCGUGCCGUCUUGCAACAACACGAUCUACCCUCUCUCAUAAUAAGCAACAUGAAUUCUGUGGUUAAAAAAAUUGAAGAGCUAAAGCGUCUUGUCAAGGAAGAGGUGGAGUUUCGUGAGUGCAGUUUGAUGUGUUUUACGGAAACGUGGCUACGUGAGUGUCACACUCUCACCAUCCAAGGCUUCCAGACUUUCCGGGCAGACCGGAUGCUUGAUGAGGUUGGUAAGAAAAGAGGUGGGGGACUUGCUGUGCUUGUAAAUAACAGAUGGUGCAACCCUCGUCAUAUUACUGAGAGAAAACGCAUCUGUUUGACGGAUAUUGAACUGCUGGCCUUGGAACUCGACCCAUAUCGUGUGCCUCAGGAGAUGUCACAUGUUUUCAUGGUGGUUGUUUACAUCAAGUGCAAUGCUAAACGAGCUACAGUACACGAUGUCAUCCGCGAAACUAUAGACGAACUAAAGACAGGACACCCCAGUGCCCUCAUCCUUAUUGCUGGGGACUUCAAUCGUGUCAACAUGGAAGAAACACUGACUGCCUUCACACAGUAUGUGGACAUCCCGACAAGGAAGGAGCAGACCCUGGACUUGCUGUUUGCUAAUUUGAAGGACGCUUAUGAUGCUAAAUCCCUCCGCCCCCUUGGUAAGGCAGACCACAACCUGGUUCACCUCACCCCCCGCAAAAAGAUGCCUGCAACCACAAACACGGUAAGGACAUGGUCAGAGGACACAUAUGUCACAUUGCAGGGCUGUUUUUAGGUGACAGACUGGCAGGCACUCUGUGAGCCCCAUGGAGCAGACAUCAGUGGAUUGGUUCAUUUGUUUGCUUGCAGUUGUCCAAUCGUGAAGCUGAGGUAGAUUGUCUUGGCCCAAAAAGGUUCCAGAGGUUUUUUUUGGAGAUCAACCUGGGACAGAGCUGCAUGUUUUGGCUGGUCAAUGGAGUCAUGCCGCGGAGCAGGAUUACCAUCUCCGUUACCAUGAGGCAUGACCUCAGGCUGCUUCUCUGUACCAGAAGUAGUAGUUUUUUAAUCAAACCAGGUCCAAAAGGGUUAUUAUAAUAAAAUGUGGGGGAAUAAGCCUCAGACCCCUGAGGUUUGCAAUGACGCCCCCAUUGGUGCACUGGGUCAGUAAAGGCCAAGUUUUCAUGUUAAGAUGGAUGAUGCCGAGGGAGUGAGUGCUGAACUGCCUAACCCUAUCUCUAACAGUCAUGCAAAUACCUGGGACUCAAAGUGUGAGGCGCCGAGAGUGUGUGGACCCAAAAGCAGAGGACGUGAGGCAAUAGUUCAGUUUCCAAAGGGCAAACUCUUUUAUUCCAGUCACAAAAAAACCCGGCAGGGUCAAAAUCAGAGCAGCAAAUAAUCAGGCGACAAAAACCAGAGGGACAGGCAAGAAUCAAAAAUCCAGGAUCAAAACAGGUCAUACAAGGGGAGCAGAGAUAUAUCAAAGAACGCGAGAGAGCUUGUGCUAAAGAGACAAAGACAAUCUGGCAGGGAAGAGCUAGUGAGGAGGGGUUAAAUAGGGAAGGGAACAAAACACAGGUGAAGCCAAUGGGGUAAUUAACUAAGGCGGGAAAAGGAACAAAGACCGGAAGUAAAGGUGACAGCAACACAGGAAAAACAGGAUCUUCAAAAUAAAACAGGAAGUGGAUUUCACAGCACAGAUCAUGACACAAAGAUGCAGUCCUGGAACUGCAGCCUUUGGCUCAGCAAAUACACAAGGCUUAUCUCUGUAUUCAGUACAGGUAUAUUGGUCACACAAGUGUAUUGGACCAGGUUUACUUUUGAGAUGAAAGAAAAAGUACAAAAAAACACACACAAAAUUUUAAAGCUUUAACGAGAGACUAACUAUAAACUACUAUAACUAUAAAUGGCUCAAUUGAACUAGCUCUAUGCUGGGAUGCAUAAUAUGUAGAUCCGUGUUUCUUUUGGAGUUUUUUCUUUGAAAAUAUCUACCGUACGUUUGUUUCAUUUUGACUUUCACCCACCAGAAAACCAAACCCGCCAAAAAGAGCCUCUGGAUCUGCAGCUGUGGCUGGUACAGUAUCAAAACCUUCGAUGGCUUGAAGAUCCACCAGAAGAAGAAUGGAUGCAUCCAGGGUGGAGUUAACAUCCCUUUAGGUGAACACUCAGAUUUUAUAAUUUUUCAGGAGGUUUGAGUAAUCAGUUGUGCUAAACAGUGAUUCAGUCUCUUUUCCUACAGCCAUUUUCUUGCAGCUAAUUGGAACAAACUCAUUCAGAUAUGUUGAAGCUCUUGCAGUCUCCAGUGAUGCUCAGGUAAAGAUUUCCGUUUGUGUCAAAAGAUACAAGAAUCCAUUUUUUUCCAUUUUGAUGGCCCAUUAACUUUGGGUCGUCACCUACCAUAUAUUUAACCAAAAAGACUGAGAAACAAUAACAGAUGUUAGAAACAGAGGAGUUUUUAUGAAAUGAAAACCACAACUUACACUUUUUUUUUUGCCAACACCACAGACCUUUGACAACCAAGCAAGUGCUGCCACCACAGACCAAACAGGUAUAUUGCACAAUAUCAGUGACAUCAGAAAACUGAUGGCACAGAGCAUUGGUAAUUUAACACAAAUGACCCUUGUGUAACUGUGAUGUCCUUCUCAUCUGCAGGAUCUGAGACACCAAUCAAAGGUCCUCUUGGCGCCACCAACGCUCAGCGAAGGCUUUUUCCCUCCCCUGAUGAAAAACCGGUACUGUAGAAUUCUCAUGACCUUUCCUGCAGCCAGUCACCGUUAGCCAAUUAAGUUGUUUUAGCUUAAUUAACAGGAAACUCCGUCUGAAACACUUUGUUUUAGCUGUCCUGAAACUGCAGCCUUUGGCUCGGUAAACAAUGAACAAGACAAUGAAGAACUUAGUUCUGUAUUCAGUACUUGUGUACUGGUCCCAUUGGUGUAUCGGACCAGGCUCACUUUUGAGAAAACAAAAGAACAAAGUCCAAAAAAAAGUCUGAUACGCAAAAUUUUCAGGCUCUUUUCUGGUCAAGACUCGAGGGACUCACUUUAGAUUUAAUUAUAAAUGUCUCAAUUGAAUUAUCUCUGUGCUGAGAUGCAUAAUAUGAAGUUUUGUUUCUUUUGGAGUUAUUUCUUUAAAAAUAUCCACUUUAUUUAACCCCCCAGAAAACCAAACCAGCCAGAAAGAGCGUCUGGAUCUGCAGUUGCGGCUGGCACGAACACACAACCUAUGAUGGCCUGAAGAUCCACCAGGACAUGAAUGGGUGCACCCAAGGUAGGGAUAGGAUCCCUUCAGGUGAACACUCAGAUUUGAUAGUAAUAUGCCUUCAUUAACAUAUUGUCAAUUGGUACAUAACUGUGUUAAACGGUGAAUCAUACUCUUUUCCUACAGUCACUGACACUCAAACAGAAAUGUUAAAGCUCUUUUAAGGAUUAAAGAAUUAAAAAAAGGCCUCUCUUAUUCGUUAAAAGUUCAUCUCAGUAAAUGUGUCCGCUGUGGUCAAGGAUUGGUUAGCUACUGUAAUUUGUUAAAGACUGUUUGGUUUGGUUUUUCACCAUGACUCUGUUUCUUUGUGACUGCAGUGGAUCCAGCGGUGGACUCGCUCUCCUAA